UUGGCGCGUGCGCAAGAGAAAUUCGCGACAAACGUGCGUUUUCAAAUGCAAUACUGUCCACUGUAUUCCUACUAUAAGCGUUGUACACAAACACUCAGAUCUUGACAGUUGAUGCUGAAAUCGCUAAAUUCGUAAGAGUUCUCAACGUUUUUGAAUAAUCCAAUCAAGUUCACGUACGCGCAAGUGCAAAGGAUAGAUUAAGAUCAGUAUCAACCGUGGGCUAGGAUCAGUUUUCAUUGUUUUUUUCAGUUUCUCUAAAUAAGUUGAAAAGCGACAUCGUAAAGUGAAUGAAUGAUAUGAACGUACACUGCUACAGUUUACGAUAUUGACAGCUGCAGCGUAUUACACUACAAAUACAAACAGUUGUGAGGCAAUCAUGUGGAAUUAUCCACAAUUUUUGGCCAGAGAAAAAUCUGAAAAGGCAGGGGCAUCGAAAAAUCCUCGCACUCGCUCACACAGUCAUCCGAGUACUGGACGAAAGGUACAGGCGCAACAGUUACCCGAUGACUUACCUGUCAAAAAAAAAACAAUUAUGAAGAAUACAAAACAUCGAGUUGAUCAGAAAAAAAUUCAAACUGAGCGUCAGAAACUGGAAAUAAGUAGUAAUAUUCCGGAAUUAAAAAAAGAUGAAAUUAUCAAUGAAUUGAAAAAAGAGAUCGAAGAUUGGAAGCAUCAAGGAUUAGCCUCUUAUAACUUAAUUACUCAAUUGGAUACUUAUAGCGAUAAUCAGCAAAAACAGGAAGCGCGAACAAUCGAUAAAAGUGUGAGAUCGCCACGACUAGUAACGACUUCGACUCAAACUCUCGACGAACACUGCAAACUUUCAAGAGCAGAGAGUUUGGCGCCGAACGAGCAGCAGCAGCAGCAGCAGCAGCAGCAGCAACGCGACGACUCAUCGGCAUCCGGAGGAGAAAGUAUGAAGCUGCCAAAGUCGGAGGACGAGCGAGUUCCGACGGUGUCGUGGCUUCCCUGCGCUCCGAUGCCCGACACCAGCCGCACGAGUGUCAGUUUGAAAACCGUAGCAGAUCAUCUGGCGGAAAUGGACGAUGAGCCGAGAAGCAAACCACCCCGACGUCUGUGCAUCAGUCCCGAGACGCGCCAAGCCCUCGAAAGUGCCGACAAACUUUUGGCCAACGCCGAGCGACUACUCAGCCAGAUGGAUUUCAAAAACGUCCCUCUCGACAUAUCAGACGAUGGAUCGAACUGCGAGAACGUCAACGACGAGGAGCUUUACAUUCGCAACGUAGUGGCUUCGACUUUUCAGAAGGGCUAUUAUGAGCCAGGCCCCAGUGCCAUACUGGACAAGGAUGAUUUUAAAAUCAAGCAUGAAAAAAUGGCAGGUGCAAGAAAAGAAGCCUCGAAGAGUACGCGAAUGGCUCGAGCGAGAUCCAACUCGCCAGUUAGAAGCUUCGAGCCUUGCCUGGUUUGUCAUUCUGAAACCAAAGUAAACAAAGUAAACAGACCUCUGGAACAAAAAACGGAAGAAAAAGAAAGAAGUGGAAAAGCAGCGUUGAACGUUCAAAAGGCACCAGCCAUCAGUAUCAGCGGCGAAUGUUUUUCUGUGCAAGCGGCCAACAUCAUCGAUAUCGAGCCCCAAGAGUCAAGUCAACCGAGAUCUUACAAUAACGUCGCGACUUACGAAAUAAACCACGAGUCGAAGAAAACCGACGUCGUCGUUCCCAUACCAGUGCCAGAGCAGGAAAAGGAAAAAUCGACGCCAACAGUCGCGGCGAGCGAGACGAAUCGUGAUCAAUUCGAGCAGGACGACGACGACAUACGAGUAUCGACGAUCGUCGAGGAAUUCGACGACGUUAUUGACCUGAACGUGAGCCUGGGCGAGCCCGGAGUUUUGGCCGAGGUCGACAAUUUGCUCGACCAGCAAAGGACGCUCAUCAGGCACGUGUGUAAAGCCAGCGAGAAAUUGGACCAAUUUUUGAUGAUGAACGGGUCGUCGUUGGAUACCGAUUCGUCGCCGCAAAUGGGCAAGAAAAGCCGCGUUAGUUUGCAGAAAAAGACGGCCAAUGAUAAGCAGAGCGAGGCUCGCCGGACACCUCGCGUCGAGAUCGACUUGGCCUUGGACAAGAGCGAAGAAAGUACCUCGUCGAGGGCCAAAGCCAGCCGAGAGUCGUCGCGAAACGCCAAGAGCAUCGCGUCGGUGGAGUCGUUGCCGAGCAAAAGCAGUAGGCAAAGCAGCGGUUGUCAGGAUGAAUCGGAACGAGCGAUCAGUCGGAACGAGACUUACGACUUGGCCAAGCCAUCGGAGCCAAGACCGGAUACGAGCACUACUUUUGGAAGCGACGCCAAAAUCGUCGAUAGCCACGCGAGGACCAACAGCGGCUUUGUGGCCAAUUUGAAGGUCCCAGUCGCGCUCAAAGACAAUAACUCGACGGCGAAAAAAUCAGUAGAGCGAAAACUGACGCGAUCGGAUCCGCUCGAAAGCGACCGUAACGAAGAACGAGUAAACAAAGAGAAAAAGAACGAAGCAGAUUGUGACGUAACGGAUCACGAGGACAACAUUAGUAGCAACAGCAGCAGCAUGAGUACCGAAAAUCGUGACAGUCCAGUCGGCAGCCGAGAGUCGCAAGCUCAUGGCCAAGAAAGUCCAUCGUCAUCGACGUCGUUCUCCGAACACGAGGACGACCGGUCGACGGACAAAGCGAGCGAGAACGUCAACGAUUCCCUGAGACUCAUGCACGUCUCGCAUUUCGAGCAUCGGAGCGCGACGCCCGAUGAAUCGCCCGACGAAGAGUCCGCGGAAAAGAGUCAGCUCGAGGAGCUGUCGACCGAGUCCAAGAUCGAGAAUAGCCUGCAGGAAGCUCGCGAGAACCUCAAGAGGGUCAUGAAGGCGAUGGACGACGAGCUCCCGUCCUCCGAUGCAGCCUCGAAAAAACAGAGCGCCGACUUUGGCAACGGCCUCCGGCUCGUGUCGAGGAUAGGAGCCUCGAGCCUGCCGAGCGACGACGCUGGCCCGUUGUCGCGCCAAAACAGGUCGAUGGUCGAAAUACUGGAGGAGACCAGCCGACUCAAGUCCAACGAGAGACAGAGGCUGUCGCUCCUGAAGAAUUUGGAGUCGUGCUCGAUCCAGGCGGGCGCGGAUCGAUGCGCCGUCAAGGGCUUGUUUACUUCGACUCUGAUCGGCGACGCCGGCCUCGUCAACAGUUGCAGCAAACUCAAGAUCACCGACACGUCUUCGGACCUGUACUCCGAGGGCGAAGUCUGCCUCAGCAGCGCGACGACUUCUUCCCUGUCGUUGGGCGAGGUGAGACGGAAAAUCCAAUUGACUAAGAGCAAGAGCACGACGAGCAGCAGUAAUGCCACUUCCAGUACGUCGGCAGCUCGCAGCUUAGGCGAACUCGUUCCACCAACAGAUUGAGUCAACUUAAUUGUAUAAAUAUAUCGUAAUAGACUUAAUUUAAUUAUAAAUUCAUGUAAAUGUAAAAUAAAGAGACUGUAGUGCCAUAUUAAAGGCAAUCAAUGUAA